GGCGGCUGUGCUUGGGGGGGGGGAGGGAAGGGUCUGAUGUCGGUCCGGGGGCACCGCUGAGGCGGCGGGUCCCCGACCUCGGAGACAGCCCCGGCCGUCCCCGCCAAGCCCAGUCCCCUCCAGACUGCGACGCCGCGGUCGGUGGGGGCGCGUCUCCGGCACGAUGAAGGAUUUGGGUGCAGAGUACCUGGCAGGUCGUGAAGGAGUCCAUCUCCUCGGAUUGUUGAACUUCUACCUGGAGCAAGAACAGAGAUUCCAACCUCGAGAAAAAGGGCUGAGCUUGAUCGAGGCUACCCCGGAGAAUGAUAACACUUUGUGUCCAAGGUUGAGGAAUGCCAAAGUAGAAGAUUUAAGGAGUUUAACUAACUUUUUUGGAUCUUGCACUGAAACUUUUGUCCUGGCUGUCAAUAUUUUGGACAGAUUUUUGGCUCUCAUGAAGGUGAAACCUAAACAUUUGUCUUGCAUUGGAGUCUGUUGUUUUUUGCUGGCUGCUAGGAUAGUUGAAGAAGAAUGCAAUAUUCCAUCCACUCAUGAUGUAAUACGGAUUAGUCAAUGUAAAUGUACUGCUUCUGACAUAAAACGGAUGGAAAAAAUAAUUUCGGAAAAAUUGCACUAUGAAUUGGAAGCUACUACUGCCUUAAACUUUUUGCACUUAUACCAUGCUAUUGUACUUUGUCAUACUUCAGAAAGGAAAGAACUGCUUAGCCUUGAUAAACUAGAAGCUCAGCUAAAAGCUUGCAACUGCCGACUUGUCUUUUCAAAAGCAAAACCAUCUAUAUUAGCCUUGUGCCUUCUCAAUUUGGAAGUAGAAACUUUGAAAUCUGUCGAAUUACUGGAAAUUCUCCUGCUUGUUAAAAAACAAUCCAAGAUUAAUGAUGCUGACUUCUUUUACUGGAGGGAAUUAGUUUCUGAAUGCCUAGCAGAAUAUUCUUCUCCUGAAUGUUGCAAACCAGAUCUUAAGAAGUUGGUUUGGAUUGUUUCAAGGCGCACAGCCCAGAAUCUCCACAACAGCUAUUACAGUGUUCCUGAGCUGCCAACAAUACCAGAAGGGGGUUGUUUUGAUGAAAGUGAAAGUGAGGACUCUUGUGAAGAUAUGAGUUGUGGAGAAGAGAGUCUCAGCAGCUCUCCUCCCAGUGAUCAAGAGUGCACUUUCUUUUUCAACUUUAAAGUGGCACAGACACUGUGCUUUCCAUCUUAGAAAUCUAAUUGUUCUGUGUCAGAAUUUAAAAUAUGUGUACAGGUUUCAAAGCAAUAAAUGGUGGUGUAGGUAGUUUUCUGGUCCAGCCUCCAUCUAGGCAGGAAUUGCAUGGACUGGAAUACCUACCUUCUAUUUAUUAUUCAGAUCAGAUCUGGCCUAUUUUCAUAUUUAAUCCUAAGCCAUCAAAUGGGUUAGUGCCUCUUAAACAAUUAACAAUACUUUAGACAUUGGCACUUUAUUUUUCUCAUUGAUCUUUAGCUACUUGGGGGAGGAGGGAAGGUGCUGAUACCUUCAAUUUGUUACUUUUCAAGAAGAUUUUUAAAGGUGAAUAGUGUAGCUUAAACUUCUUACAAAACUUUCAGGUGUCUUUAUUUAAACAGAUUGGGAGUGUGCAAGUGCUUCCUUAGCAGGGACUAUGGAUAAUACCUUAAUGGUUUAUCUUAGAUUUCCCCCUCCCUCAUUCUCAGAACAAAGAAUAUAUUCUUAAAUGUCAAACACCUUUUUGUUCUGUUUUUUAAAUCUUAAGUGUACUAUCUGAUGUAGCUCCAGUAAACUUAGGAAUUAUAAUAUUGACAUUUCUGUGAAUAUUAGUGUGUAAUGUCUUAACUGAAGUUUCUGCUAAAGCAGAAAUAAUUGGCAGGCAAGGGCUGUUAGAUAGUUACAUUCCUAAUGCUUAAGUAUUAUCAGACUGUAGUAUUAUUUUAAUGUUAUUAAAAAAAAUUGAUAAUGUGCUAGUUUUGCAUGCACCCGUAUGAAGGCAGUGCAGGAAGUUGAACAGAACUAGGUAACCAUGGAUUUGAUAAAUGUUGAUCUAGUAGGACAUUUUCUUAUUUUCUUCUAUUAAAAAAUGUCUGCAUGAUUAUGUUUUAUUUCUUUUGUAAUUCACAUUUCAAAAGUAAUGUAUUGUAUGAAUGCCAAGAUUGGAUAUGAAGUACAAAGAACCCAUGUGUUUGUAGUGUUAUAGUUUUAAGCAAAUCUGUAUGGUGAUACAGCUGUAAGAAUGAGGGUAUAUAAACUCUGUACACAUAAGAUUUUGUACAGAGAAUUUUUAACUUUAUAAGCUGUAUAUUAAAAUGUAAAUCUUAAAAAAUGUACAUAAAAAUACUGUAUUUUUUUUACCUUGUGUGUGUGAUAGUCUAGUCAUUGCAUGUAAAUAUAAUUUAUUGUGUAUUCUGUACUAUAAGUCAUACAUUGAUGACUUUUUAUUGGUAAGUCACCAUCCAUUGGAUGUUUUCUGAAGUGGAUCUUUUUGAAGCGAUAAUAGAUUA